AGUGCUCUGCCUCAGUACGGACCGGUUUCGACAGACAGAGGAGGAGGCUCCUACAUGCUGCCGACAUCGUUUCUCCUCCUGCUGCUGCUGCCUUUCUUUCACGGGGAGCGUUUCCGAGGCCACUCUUGAACCGAACGGAUAUUCUUUUAUUUUUUAUUUAUCCAGAUCUGUUUUUCAAUAUUUUCCACGGAUUCCGAAGAGGGGAAAUAACAGGAGCGUCGGGCGUACAAAUGUUCUCGUUACACGAGGGUAGCGGGCUGCUUCUGCUCUUGCUCUUAGCAGGACUGCAGGGUGCAGCAGAGGCCAGGGGUGCCCCACCAUGCAGUCCGGGCUUCUCUGAAGAUCUGUACACGGUUGUGGUGCCAGAUAUCACGGAGAAAGGAUGGCCUCUUUUCAACGUGAAGUUUGUCAGCUGUGGCAGAGGUGGUCUGGUGCGGUUUGAAUGCAGCAAUCCAUCUGACUUUCGGAUAGAGGACAACGGAGUAGUUUACGCUGCAAGGACUCUUCAGCGCACUCCAGCCCCUGCUUCGCCCUUGCUGAUCAAGGCUGUAGACACCACCACUCAGCAACAAUGGGUGACACAAGUCAAAAUGAUGCCUCCCACACAGGUCCAGGAACUCGCCGUCCCUCCAGUCAUGUCCAAAAAUUUCAAGGAAAUAGUUUUUCCAUCACAAAAUGUGGACAGCACUCUGAAACGCAUAAAGAGAGACUGGGUCAUCCCUCCAAUCAAUGUUCCUGAGAACUCCAGAGGCGAAUUCCCGCAGGAGCUUGUCCGGAUUCGCUCAGAUCAUGAUAAAAACCGGUCCCUAAGAUACAGUGUGACGGGUCCAGGUGCUGACCAGCCCCCAACUGGAAUCUUUACCAUCAAUCCCAUUUCUGGAGAGCUAUCUGUCAACAAGCCACUUGAUCGAGAACACAUCCCUAGCUUUCAUCUGAGAGCUCAUGCAGUAGACCUGAAUGGCAACCAGGUGGAAAACCCCAUAGAUAUUGUGAUCAACGUAAUUGACAUGAAUGACAACCGACCAGAGUUCACUCACCAAAUCUGGAACGGAACUGUUCCAGAGGGCUCCAAACCAGGAACAUUUGUUAUGACUGUGACAUCUAUCGACAAAGACGACCCCAAAUCAGCGAACGGCAUUCUUCGAUACAAGAUCUUGUCUCAGAAUCCAGAGAGUCCGUCUAGUAAUAUGUUCACUAUCAACAAUAAAACUGGAGGCAUCGUUACAGUGGCUGCAGGCCUGGACAGAGAGAAAGUGCCUCAGUAUACAUUGAUCAUCCAGGCAACUGACAUGGAGGGUAACCCCAUGUAUGGCCUGUCCAACACAGCCACUGCUGUCAUCAGAGUCACUGACAUCAAUGACAAUCCGCCAGAGUUUACUGCUGAGACGUUUUAUGGGGAGGUGCCUGAGAAUGCCGUGAAUGUUAUAGUGGCCAACCUGACGGUGACUGACAAGGACCAGCCCAACACACCUGCCUGGAAUGCGGUGUAUAAAAUCACCGGGGGCGACCCCACCGGCAGGUUCUCAGUGCCCACCGAUCCAAAUACUAAUGUGGGUCUGGUAACAGUUGUUAAGCCCAUUGACUAUGAAAUCAACAGACAGUAUGUGCUAACAGUGGAAGCGAGAAAUGAGGUUUCCCUGGCCAGAGGUAUUCACCCUCCCAAACAGUCCACUGCCACCGUCUCCAUCAAAGUAACGGAUGUCAAUGAGAGUCCUUACUUUGAUCCCAACCCCAAGCUGAUCAGGCUGGAAGAGGGAAUGUUGCCCGAAACGACGCUGACCAUGUUCACUGCACAAGAUCCAGAUCGACACAUGCUGCAAACCAUUAGAUAUUCUAAGCUCUCAGAUCUGGCCAACUGGCUGAGGAUUGACCCCGGCACUGGUCGGAUUUCAACAAUUGCCAUUUUGGACAGAGAGUCGCCCUAUGUGAAGAACAGUUUAUACAAUGCAACAUUCCUGGCCACAGACAACGGAAAAAUCCCAGCAAGCGGCACAGGCACCCUUCAGAUCUACCUGGUGGAUAUCAACGACAAUGCGCCAAAGGUGUACCCCCAUGAGGCAGAGAUAUGUGAAAAACCCGAGCCAAAUGCCAUCAACAUCACCGCGCUGGAUGGAGACCUGAACCCCAAUGCGGGCCCUUUUGCCUUCGAGUUGCCCCACAGGCCCCAGGACGUCAAGAAGAACUGGACCCUAACGAGACUAAACGGUGACUAUGCUCAGAUGAGCCUUAAGAUUGGCUUCCUGGAAAGUGGGAUCUAUGAGGUCCCCAUCAUAAUCACAGACUCAGGCAACCUGCCCAUGUCUAAUACCUCCUACCUGCGGAUUAAAGUGUGUCAGUGCGACAUGAACGGAGACUGCACUGACCAGCAGCACAUCAUGGCCGCUGGUCUGGGCACUGGAGCCAUUAUAUCCAUCCUCCUCUGCAUCAUCAUCCUUCUCAUUCUCGUGUUAAUGUUUGUGGUGUGGAUGAAGCGUCGUGACAAAGAGCGUCAGGCCAAACAGCUGCUCAUCGACCCCGAAGAUGACGUGAGGGACAAUAUUCUCAAAUAUGAUGAAGAAGGUGGUGGAGAAGAGGAUCAAGAUUAUGACCUGAGUCAGCUCCAGCAGCCAGACACGUUAGAGCCCGAUGCCAUCAAGCCAGUGGGAAUCCGCCGUCUAGACGAGAGACCCCUCCACCCCGAGCCGCAGUAUCCAAUGAGGUCAGCAGCACCCCAUCCAGGAGACAUCGGAGACUUCAUCAAUGAGGGACUGAAGGCAGCUGACAAUGACCCCACUGCUCCUCCCUACGACUCUCUGCUAGUGUUCGAUUACGAGGGCAGCGGCUCCACGGCUGGCUCCCUAAGCUCGCUCAACUCCUCCAGCAGCGGGGGCGACCAGGACUACGAUUAUCUGAACGACUGGGGCCCUCGCUUCAGAAAACUGGCAGACAUGUAUGGCGGAAGCGACGAUUAGGAGACGCAGGCUCACCUUGACGGAUAAAAAGUUACGAUUUUUUAAAAAAAACGAAGGAAAGAUUUCCCGUUGAAGGACACAUAACAGCUUCUGAUAUUCCCAUGAGAGUGAUAGAACUGUGACUGAAAAGAUACAAAUAAUAAACAUUGAUUUCAGAAUUUUUUUCUAAAAACGAAACACAAAAAAACAAAAAAACAACCAACCUAGGCUUAUUGUUGUAGUAUACGCAUACAUACGCUUGUCGAAAGCUUAGGCAUAGCCUGUGCUCCAAGUAUGAAGGAUGUGGGGAGAUAACGCUCGGUGGACUGUCACCACUCAGAUUGUCGGUAUUGAAUGCGCUCAGUUAAACUUGAAUUUCACAGUACAGAAGCACUGGGAUAUAAUGUGCCUUUUUGUACAUUUUUUUGGAUCUAAAUGAUUAGUUUUAUGUUCAAGGCUUUAAUGGUACUGACUUUUGGAGUGAUUUCAAACAAAGUAUGUUACACUCUGGUAUGCUUCUACGUGCUUUUUUUCUUUUCUUUAUUUUUUUUGAUUACCCAAUGCUCCUGUUUUGAAGAAGGAAAAUGAUUAAGAGCAGCACUGUACAGUAUGCUAGACCUUUAGCGUUUCUCACUAAAAAAUUAAAAUCAUGCAGCUGAUUGCAAAUAAAGGGAGUUAUAAAUCACACUUUUGUAGCAUUUUUUUUUGUUUUCCUUUUCAAUUUCUUUUCUUUUUGAGGUGAUGUAGUAUUUUACAAAUGCAACAAAAACUGUUUUGAUCUGAUCUAUGUACACUUAAUUUGCCUUAGUCAUGAUCUGAUAUUUUCAACAUUUACUUCACUGUAAAAAGAUGUGUGUGUGUGUACAUACUGUUUUGUUUUACUUUCUCUUUUUUUUUUUCUUUGGAUGUAGUAUUAUGAAGCAGUACAAAAGUUCCAAACUUGUAAAUGUAUAAUUUGGAUAAGAAAUAAAAAUUUUUGCAUGUUUUUAUCUUUUCAUGACAACAAAAAUUUGAGAAAAAAAAAACUGUUUCCCAAAUUUAUUUAAAAGUGAAAAAAUGCAAUUCUGGGUGACAUUACAUGUGUAGAAGUUAAAGUUUUUUUGUUGUUUUUUUUUUUUUGUAUAAAAAAAGAAAUAAAAAAAAUAAAAUGACAAAAAAAAUAUCAAAGUAGUGAUCUUGUCAGCACAACAUUUGAAUUUGUACCAAAAAAGGGAGAGUGGGCUGGGUAACAUGCUAAUGGGCACUGACUAAUGAUUCAGCUUUAAGACUGGAAAAGGUUUUGGUGUGUACUGGAACACAAAUUAUACAUCUCUGAUCCCCAAUCAUCCAAAUAAAAUGCUGAUUUUGGA